AUGAUCUAUUCACUUUACAUAAUUAAUAAGGCUGGUGGUUUAAUUUAUCAAAGAGAUUUUGCUGAUAGUUUAAAUAAACUUACUUCUAACGAAUAUUUGGUAUUAGCGGGGACAUUUCAUGGAGUACACGCUAUAACUUCAAAAAUAUCACCAGUUCGUAAUGCAACUUCUUCGGGUUUAGAAGUACUUGAAGCGGACACUUUUAAAUUACAUUGUUUUCAAACAUUAACAGGUACAAAAUUUUUAAUCAUUGCUGAACCAACCCACGGAAACAUUGAUUUAUUACUUCGUCGUACUUAUGAUAUUUAUAGCGAUUAUGUUAUGAAAAAUCCUUUUUAUACUCCUGAAAUGCCAAUUAAAUCCGAAUUAUUUGAUAUAAAUUUAGCCAAAUUAAUUAAACAAGUUAGCUCUUAA